AUGCCAGAUGGGACAAAGCAGCGCCAGCCCAGCUCUGCGGCAGCAAUCCCGCGGCCACUGCGCGUAGUGCAAUGGAACAUUGAGCGCGGGUACCAGCUCGACGCCAUCAUAGCGACGCUAAAGCGGCUGGACGCUGACAUCCUGUGUCUGCAGGAGAUAGACAUCUGCAACGAGCGCAGCGGGAACACAAACCAUGCAGAGAUAAUUGCUGAGCAGCUGGGGCUCAACGCCGGCAUUGUAGUAGAGUUCCAGGAGCUCAAGAGCCCCUGCCGCAGCCCCAGCCAACAGGGCGGCGGGCUGCACGGCAAUGCAAUCUACUCGAGGUUCGACAUGAAGCUUCGCGUGAUCGACCACGCGCACCAGCCAUUCAACUGGCCGCGCGACGGCGUGCUGCUGGGGGAGCCGCGCGUCGGCCGGCGAUGCACGCUGGUCGCCGAGGUGGCUGUGCCUAGGGGCCCGCCGGUGCUGGCCUACAGCGCACACUUUGAGUGCUUCACCGGUAUCAUUGGAAGCCGGGCAUCGGCCGCUGAGCUGCCGCACCAAAUCAUUUUCGGCGACUUUAACACUUUUGCGCACUCGUGGCGCGCUUUUCGCCAAAGUACGCCAACGGCUGACGAGGGCCUGCCGCCGGAGCUGCACUUUUCCGGCGACAUUCUGCGCGCGGCCGUGAAUCCCGGGUGGUGGGACCCGUUUGACGCCGCCAAGGACAUCACCAUCUCCAACCAUGGCGGCUGGAUGACAGCCAAGGCGGACUGGGCCUUUGUGCGCCAGCUCAAGGUGGUCAAGCACUGGAUGGAGAACCGUGACUUUACCACGUCCGACCACCGCUGCCUGGUGCUGGACGUGGAGCAUGCGCAUGCGGACAUCCUCGAGCUGCACAAAAAGUCCACCCGGAGGACCGCGCGCGAGCUCCAGCUCAAGCGGAGCAGCAAGUUUUGGACAUGGUUCUCGCUGCUGGCGGCGACGUCGCUGAGUCUCUUUGCGUACAAGCUCGCGCGAACAAGCAUUGUGUCCAGCAUUUCAAGCACCACCUUCUAA